AAGACUGCGUAGAGAAAGGCAGAGUAAUGGAAAGAAGGAAGUUAGUUGGCAAGAUGGCUCCGUAUGGCGAAGAAGUUGAGCGCUAUGGGAACAGGAUGCCCGUGCGAAAACACAGGCGCGACAAAAGUGAAAUUAGUUGUUGCCUCAAGUAUCUGAUCUUUGGCUUCAAUGUGAUUUUUUGGCUGAUGGGCUUAAGCAUCAUGGUUGUUGGUGUUUGGGCCUGGACUGAGAAAGACAUUUUCAACAACCUGAGUCGGCUUACCAACAUUGCACUGGACCCUGCUUUUGUGCUGAUUGUCAUUGGAGGCAUCACAUUUAUUAUUGGUUUCACUGGCUGCGUUGGCGCCCUGAGAGAAAAUACCUGCCUGCUCGCUGCUUACGCCAUAUUUUUAGCGAUAUUGUUGCUGUUGGAGAUGACGGCAGGCAUUUUGGGAUUCAUCUUCAAGGAUUGGAUCAAGUCUCAGGCAACCAAUGGCUUCCAGGCUUUCAUUGUGUUUUACAGGGAUGACCCUGAUCGUCAAAACUUGAUUGACUGGAUUCAAGAACAGUGGCUGGGCUGCUGUGGCAUUGAAGGCCCCAAAGACUGGGACAUGAAUAUCUACUUCAACUGCUCAAGUGUGGAAGUAGGCAGUCGUGAAGCUUGUGGUGUUCCAUUUUCCUGCUGCAAGAGACAACCAAAUGAGCUCAUAAAGAACAAGCAAUGUGGCUAUGAUGUACGCAAGGCCGAAUAUCAACGGGACAAGUCUCACGUGAUCUAUGAGAAAGGUUGCCUGCGAGCUGGGGAGGAGUGGAUCGAAGCUAACCUGGUGCCAGUGGCGGGGGUGGCCGUGGGAUUGGCUGUGCUGCAGGACAAGUCUCAACGUUCGCGCCUCAUUUAUGAGCGAGGCUGCCUGCACGUUGGGGAGGAAUGGUUAGAGGUGAACCUGGUUCCCUUGUCAGGAGCACUCUUAGUUGUUGCCUUUGCUCAGAUUCUAGGCAUCUGUUUCGCCCAAAAUUUACGGGCAGACAUCUUCGCCCAAAAGGCGAAGUGGCACUGACAUCCGCUGCACACCUGGGCCAAGAUAGCCAGCCGAAGGUUUCAGGGCCCAGAGUGGCGCCACUGACUGGCCCCACACCAGCUGCCAGCAGCACUGACAUCAUUUGGAGCAGCCAGCAUGAGCAGCAACAGCACAGACGCAACCACCAGGUGGCUCUCAUCACCCUCUUCUGAGGAGCAUGUUGGCUUCCUGGAAGCUAGUGGCAGCAAUGCGUGCUGUCGCCCUCUGCUAACUUUCAACUGAUUAUACUGUCAUAAAAAGAAAGAUUGCAGAAACUGGCAUUAUGGGACUGGGUGGUGGGUUAGCUUAAUGUCAGGCUCAAUGCAGUAAGGAUAUCUUAAGUCUAGUACGUUUGCGCACGAAAGCUUUGACAAGCACAUGUGCAACUUUGCAUACUUUGCCAUGCUUGGUUCUGCAGAGUGUUGAUUUUGUCUCACUUUUCUAGUGGUUGGGGACUGAAAGAAUGCUAUCCUACAAUGGUUGUUGUUUGCUGCAGGAACUGAUGCUAUGGGAAAUGGCGUGAGAUGCAACAAUUUCUGUGUCAAGAGACAUAGCAUGGUGUUUUUUAUGGCUAUCCUAAAAUUUGCAAAGCCUGUUGGAUACGUUUCUUGUCCUAUUUGGUGUAACAGAAGAUAUGUAUUUGUAAUGUUUCUCAGUGCUGUGAGACAUCAGUGCAAGGAACUCAUUUAUGUGUAACAUGGGAGAUUAUUCCAUGUGCACAGACAUGGAGGUCAUUUUAUGCCGAUUAUUUUAACAGGAGUGUAGGUAAAGGAACUUUUCCAGUAUACUAUUCCACAAGGUUUGACAUGAGAUAAUACAUUCUUAAAGCAUGUGUAAUUGUAAUGUAGAUACAUCAGCUAUUAUAUUUCAUCACACAUUCCAGCACUUCCACAAAAGCCACAUACUUUCUUGCAAUUAGUGUUGUGUGCAUUCUAAGCUGUGGCCUAAUUUACUUUGUCUUCUUUAUGCUGAUAAAGGCUAGUACAUCAUUGGAAAUAAGAUUGUUAUAUUCAUGAGGCCUGGUGAAUAAAUUUGAGGAUGUAUUUAGGGAACAAUGGAUAUGGCACAGAAGGCUUUCAGUGAAUUGAGCAUCUUGUUUCAAUCUUGCGCUCAUGCGAGUCUUGCUGUUUCCGUAUAGUACUAUUAUUAUUAUGUGGUACUACUAGUUUGGGUUACUUGCUAGUGGUACACUGUCCAUUUGUAAUUUUGGGGCUUAUGGCUGUUUCAUGAAGUUAAUGAAUAACUAGGCUGAGGCUUCCUUAAAUUUUGAAGUUAUUGUAGUAAUUACCAUGCCUUGCAAUCAUUUUCUUUUGUGCAUGUGGAGGGGAGGAGGGGGAGAUGCGAUAAUACACUCCAAAUGUGUCAAUACAAGACAGCACUUAUAGACUGAUAGCUGUCCUGACUACACUGGCAUGGUAUUAUAUUGCUGUUGACAAUGAACACCAUGUUUGCACAGUAGGGUGCAGGAUGUGUCGUACUUCAGACAUUGUGACUUGCGAAACAGUGAUACAAGUGGUAAUGUAUGUAUAUCUUGUAUUUUAAACAUCAUGAAAGUAAUUAAUUCAAGACACCUUAGGCUUUUGCCUGGGCAUGCUUACUUUCAAAUACUCAUAAGUGUUUCAGCCAACUGCUGAUAUGUCACUGGUUUGCACGUUUUGGACUCUUGUAGUUGUAACUGUAAGCUUGUUUCAUGGUGUGAUGGCAGAACCUCUGCUCCAACAGGUGUACGUGUGGCUUCUGCCACUAAGUUGUUUGCACUCAGCUGAGGCUUUUAUGGUGGCUGACUUUGUGUUCAUAUUUUGCAUGUGAAAAAAAAAAUGUGCACUAGUGUUUACGUGGGGCAAAGAGAUGGCAGUUUUUAUGCUGCCUGUCUCAGCCAGAUAUUGCUAAUGUGCUAUAGAACAGUGGUUCUCAGCCGUCGAUGUGUCGGGAAACCCUCGUGGACUGGUCAAAGUGAUGGCGGACCCCUUAGUGUGACGAACCGGGGAGGGGGGGGGGAACAUGCUACCGUAUUAAGGGGGGACACUGCUCUUAAAAUUUUUUUCUCAUUUCUUGAUCGAUUUUGAUGAUACUUGGUGAGUUUAUGUAUAUUUGUGCGCUGAUUUCAAAUAUGCAAUUACUUUUCUAGUAUAACCAGUAGUUCCUAAAAUACAAAAUAUUUCAUAUGCCUUUUGGGGAGGCAGAUUUUUUUUCAACAAAGAGAGUUACAAAGUAAAUCAGCGUAUCGCAAUAACCUGUAAUCAGUACUGAGUGCAACGAAACAAAAAUAGAUGUUCUAAGCCCAUUAGACCAAAGGUUACAGUAUGUUGAACAUUCACGAGUGCGUCAAUUUCAAGCUGCGAUUUCCUUCGCGAAUGUUCAACAUACCAUAACUUUUGUUCUAAUGGGCUUAGAACAUCAGUUUUUGAUUCGUUGCACUCAGUUCUGCUUAGAGGUCAUGGUGAUAUGCUGAUUUACUUGUAACUGUCUCUGUUAAAAAAAAAUCUUCCUCCCCAAAAGGCACAUGAAAUAUAUUGUAUUUUAAAAACUACCGGUUAUACUAGAAAAAUAAUUGCAUAUUUGAAAUCAGCACACAAAUAUACAUAAACUCACCAAGUAUCAUCAAAAUCAAUCAAGAAAUCGAUCAAGAAAUGAGAAAAAAUUUUAAGAGCAGUGUCCCCCCUUAAAUGGAAGACAGAACAGGCGAAAGAAAUGCAGUGCUGUUGUGGCUGAUGUAGCAGGCUUAGUUUUUAAAUGAGGCGUUGGUGCAGCCGAGGCGAUGUUGUUCAGAAUGUUGCUGCACUUUUUUUUCACGGGCGAUUUUGUCGUGGAACCCCUAAGACAGCUCUGCGGAACCCCAUUUGAGAACCACUGCUAUAGAAGUUGGGUGUCAUUGGAGUCCUCACCUGAAAUCGUUUUUUAAGGAAACAACUGACCCCACAAUAAUAUGAAUGGAAGGAAAAGCUUGUUGCAUAUGUCUUCCACUGCGUCCAUUCGAACAAAAGUGUUCUAUUAACAUCCAGGAUUUCUGUAGACAGACUCUGAAUUUUUAGAGUAGCUUUAUCUGUGACAGGCUGUCCCGACUACCUGAACACAUUAAGGUCAUUAUUCUGUCUAUUGACUAGCAACUUUAAUGCAAGAGGUCUGUCAUGUGCACAAGUAUCAAGUGUGUUCAUUUUACGAGUUAGCAAGACAUUCAUUUGUUCUGUUUUUUACAGCAGCAACUUCAUAAAUGCACUUUAGUCUAGAAGUUGCCCCCUUGAAUCUUUCCAGGAUAUUUUUGUGGGCAGCUGGCGCAUAGAUGGGCAGAUUAUAUUCUUUCCAACAUUGGCUAGUGGACACUAUUCUGCACUAUUCUGCUACAUUUAUUGCACAUUCAUUUUUGUCUUAGGUUUGUUAGGUUAGCUGUUCCCACCUGUGGUUCUUUAUUCUCAGUUUGCAUCAGUUGUCCUGCCAUAUAUUGCCAUGCCCAUUAUUGUGGCAGGUUCAGCAUCGGUAGGGCAAAUGUGGGUUUUGCUCAAAAGUGAUGUUUUUUUGUUGGCUUUCCAAUUUCUGUAAGGGUCCAAUUGUCUUUACUUCCUGCAAGGCAAUGCAUCACCAAAGCUUUUUCCAUUGCAUUGUCUCCUGAUUUCCUUGCUUGGAAGUUUUCUGCCAUUGCUGAUCAUGUUAGGGGCAGCUUUGCCAAAUACUGUUUAUUUAUUUAUCGACCUUAAAAGGGCGGGGGGUUGCAUCAUAUGUGUCUAUAUUCGGAGUUGGAAUGUGAUCCUUAUGCAGAACAAGUGAACACUGAGCAUUUUAAUCACUGCCGGACUUAAGCUCUUGAUAUUUGGUGGCAAGGAGGAAUAUGUAUGAUAUACAUAUAUUAUGUGUGACCUAGCUUUUCUUGUUACCUUUAAUUGUAACAUCAAGAGAACUUGCUGUAAACUCCAGCAUGUCAGUCUCAAUGUACAGUUUUGCCAGUUCUUUGCGACAGUGUUGCGUUGAUGUAGCCUGUAUUUAGCUGAGCACCUGCAUUAGGCUUAAAUCACUCUGUGGAAUUGUUGGCAAAAGCUGCUGAUAGCAGUGGCUCCCAUUUUGCAUGUUUACAGCCUUGGGAGGGGUUCACUUAUGUCCAGCAUAUAGUUUGCCCUCUGUGUAAAGUGUGGCUGGAGCAAUUUGGACUUUCCUGCCACUUGCCCUCUUUCAAAUAACGUGGAGCUACAGUAGCAAGUGUGUGUUUCCUGUUAUAUAUAUAUAAGCUAUAUAUACAUAUAAUAUGUACAUCAUUUUUGCAUCAAAUAGAUCCUUAGAAAAACUAUGCUGGGCCGUGUAGAGUCGUUUAUCUAUGCGAAUUUCGAAACUCUUGUGCCCUUUUUGACUGAAUUUUUUGUGACUGCUUGUGUGAAGUUCAUGUCUGUCUGAACUGUGCAGACUUUAUACUGCACAUGAAACUGUGCUCAGUGUACAUAAAACACAGUGUGUACUCAUCGUGUUUGUAUGCCUGCUCUAUUUAUUUGUGAAUAGAGUUCUAUAUGAGAAGUUGACAAGGGAUGUCUGCCAUCUGCACUGUCACUAGUCAUGUAGGAUCAUUUAUUACCCACAAAUGUGACUUACAAUUGCGAACAAUAAACAGUGUCCUU